AUGAUGCACUCGUUGUCGCACUGGAUCUCACGGGACUACUUCCUUGGGCGUCCCAUCGACGACAUCUUGUCGUAUCGGACAACCAAGAUUGUAAGGGUCCAAGACCGGCUUGUAGGACUAGCGGAUAUCCUGAUCAAGACCCUUGUGAUAGCGUUCGUUGUCGCUGUCUUGUUGAUCAAAUAUGGGGGAUUCUUGGAAAAAGAGCCCAUCAGUGGCAGCGUCAACUUUGUGCUCCUGGGAGGCUUCCAUGGCCUCAACUACACUGAUUUGCCGUACUGUGCAGAAUUUCCAUGCAAAUUCGCGGAUGUCUACACAAUCUCACAAAGCAAUCUCCACGACAGGUUCAUCCUGAUCGCAACGAUGAUACAAGAACGCAGCCAAACGAGGAGAUGCAGCGAAACUGAUGAUGUCUGUGACCACGACUCUCCAUUCAAGGCACAGGACAUGUCCUCGUAUUAUGCAGCGGGUGUUGAGGACUUCACUCUCACGAUUCAUCAUGAAGCUGUUGCCCCCACGUUCUGGUCUGAGGACCGAGUAGAUCGGUACAGAGGCAGCUCCGAACAAAUGAAAGGGAAGCUGGUGUCGUAUCGCGAUGAUGGGACAGGAAGAAUGGCGACGUUGACUCUUGCGGAGUUCAACACCGGAAAUGCGGUGCGGAUGUCGAUCAAAGAUGUUGUUGCAGCUGCAAACCUUGAUAUUGAUGCUCCUCUUCCCGAUGAGACGUCGCCAGUGAGGAACACGGGGGUGGAACUAGACUGUUACAUCAGGUACUCCAACACGUGGAGUUGGUUCCCUCCUGCACCCGAGCUGAGAUAUGAGAUGGAAUUCGUCAUGGCGAAGAAACAGCUCUCAUGGAUGAGCAGCGCGUACCAGGCUGUUGGAUUCGGCGAUGCAAGGAUGCUUGUCAAGCGAACAGGGAUUAGAAUCAACUUUCAUCAGUCAGGGAUGAUAGCGAGGUUCAGCAUUGUAGAACUCUUCAAGACGCUGGGAGCUGGGGUCUUGCUUUGGCUUCUCUCUUCAUGGCUCAUGGACCAGUUCAUUACGAGGUAUGCGCCGCUGUCUGAACGGUACGAGGCUGGAAAGUAUGAGUUCACGGAGAAUAUCUACAAUCUCAGAGUGUGCCAAAAUGAAAUGAACGAUCAGAUUACUGAGCCUGAAGGGGAUGUAUUGGAGCGACUGAGAACGGAUAGUCUUAAAUAG